AGGUUAGUUUCUUUAGUGCCUGGUUCAAAUAUCUCUGUGAAAGAUGGAGCUGUAUGUGUGUAUUCUGAUGCUUGCUGUCCAUGUUUCAUCUGCAAUUAAUGUUGUUCAUGAUGAUUAUGAGUUAAUUGGAUGUUCAGAUACAGAGAAAGAGUGGAUGUUGGGCUUUGAUGGAGAGGAACUGUUACACUCAGACUUUAAAAAAAAAGAAGGAGUAGAGACACUUCCUGAGUUUGCAGAUCCCCUCAGCUUUUCUUUUUAUGAACAGAGUAUUGUGGACCAAGAUGCUUGUAAACAAAACUUGGCUACUUUGAAUAAAGCUUACAAAAAUCCUCGUGAGGAAAUGGACAAACCAGAGUCUUCCAUCUAUGCUAAGAAUGAUGUGCAGCUGGGUGUUGAGAAUGUCCUCAUCUGUCAUGUGACUGGACUCUUCCCUCCACCUAUCAAUAUCUCUUGGUCUAAAAACAACGUUGAAGUGACGGAGGAUGUGGGUCUUAGCCAGUACCGCAAAAAUAAUGAUGGCACCUUUAACAUUUUUUCAACUCUAAGAUUCACACCUAAAAAAGGAGAAAUUUACAGCUGCACUGUGAACCACAAAAUUCUUGAUCAGCCUCAGACCAAAACAUGGGAUGUAAACAUUGCUCUGCCCAGUGUUGGUCCAGCUGUGUUUUGUGGUGUGGGCUUGGCUCUGGGACUGCUGGGAGUUGCUGUUGGUACUUUCUUCCUCAUUAAAGGAAACAACUGCAACUGAAAAAUAUGGAGGCAAAUUCUGAAAAUAAAUGAUUUGUAGUGUGACUGCUGAUAAAGUCUUUUUCUUGUGGUACCAGAUGAAUGGACAACAGUGCACCAUUCUGUUUGUAAUUUGUAUUUUAAAUGUGAAAUAUGAAUAAACGUAUAUUA